UGAACACUGAUCAGUGCAGUAUUUCUUACCGAGAGAAAAAGACGUCAACAAACCAACAUGUCUGGAAGAGGAAAGACCGGAGCCAAGGUUCGCGCUAAGGCCAAGACCCGCAGCUCCCGAGCCGGCCUGCAGUUCCCCGUCGGCCGUGUGCAUCGCCUCCUCCGCAAGGGCAACUACGCCGAGCGAGUGGGCGCCGGGGCCCCGGUGUACCUGGCCGCCGUGCUGGAGUACCUCACCGCCGAGAUCCUGGAGCUGGCCGGGAACGCCGCCAGAGACAACAAGAAGUCCCGCAUCAUCCCCCGCCACCUGCAGCUGGCGGUCCGCAACGACGAGGAGCUCAACAAGCUGCUCGGCGGCGUCACCAUCGCGCAGGGCGGCGUGCUGCCCAACAUCCAGGCCGUGCUGCUGCCCAAGAAGACCGGCCAGGCGGCCCCCAGCUCCGGCAAGGCGGGAAAGAAGGCCUCCUCUCAGUCCCAGGAGUAUUAGCUGGCCGGCUAAUAACUCUCAGCCCAAAGGCCCUUUUAAGGGCCACCCAGUCCUCCGUUAAAGAGCAGUGUGUCCUUGUGUUCCUCUUUAGCAUGACUUUUUAAUUUAAUAAACGCUUUUUAUACAA